AUGGAGAAAGAGGAGAAGAUCCGUGUCGUGGUUCGUGCUCGACCUUAUGUUGCUGCUUCUGAGCGCAACGGUAGCGCUAGCAGCAGGGAAACACCCGUGAGCGACCAAGAAUGUGUAGCGGCCAGCCCUGAGAACCCGGGAGAGCUCUUCGUAUACAGCGAUGCAACCCGUACACGAGCAGCCACAUUUCGAUGCGAAACAUUCUUGCCCUCAAACUCGUCUCAAGAAGAUGUUUUCGACCAGGUGCGAGCGAAGGAGCUUGUCGAAGCUGCGCUAGACGGCUAUCCGGUUACCAUAUUCGCGUACGGUCAGACUGGGGCUGGCAAAUCCUACACAAUUUUUGGAAAGGAAGAUGGUGUGACCGAGCGCAGGGUAGCUUUGCACGAGCAGGACGGGCUUCUACCCCGAACGGCUCAAGAGCUCAUGAAUGCCAUUUCAGCUCGAAAGGGAGAAGUUGAGUACACGCUUCGUGUAACUUGUGUCGAAAUUUACAACGAACAGGUACGCGAUGUGUUUGACCCUCGAAAGGAGACCUUAGCGGUGCGAUCGUCAAAGACCCACGGGUUCUUCCUUGAGAACGCCACCGUGGUGGAAUGCGUGACAGCUCGAGAGAUUGUACGGGUGGUGAAAGCAGCCGCAACUCACCGCGCCAAGUCCAGCCACCUGCUGAAUGAACGCUCGAAUCGAAGUCACUGUCUUGUUACGAUAUAUAUUGAUGCUGCCCCACUAAGGCCCGAUUCACCAGACUCUGUUGGGGGAAAGCGCUAUGGAAAAAUUACCAUUGUCGAUCUGGCUGGGAGCGAGCGCGCGUCGGACUCGGGCGCGGUCGGGACACAACUUCGCGAAACGUGUCAUAUCAAUCGAAGCCUUCACUGCCUCAGCCAGGUCAUUCAGGCUAUGAACGCACCCAAGUGUAGUAGGACGGGGAAAAGCAAGUUUGUUCCGUACCGCGACUCAAAACUCACGAUGCUACUGCUGGAUAGUCUUGGAGGAAACUGCAAGACGCUCAUGAUCGCGUGCGUGAAUUCUUCGCCCCAAUUUGCGGUUGAGUCCACCCGUACGCUCGAAUUUGCUAUGGGUGUCGCCAAGAUCAAGAACCGCCCGACUGCUCUGCUUACUCCUCAUGAAAAACUAAUCAAGGAUCUGAAGGAGCAGAUUCGUCUGCUAAAACUCGAGAAUAUGAUGCUGAGAGCUCGAACACCAGGAUGUACGUUCGGCUGCCAGUUCUCAGAUGACUUUGCUAUCUAUUAA